AAUUAAAAAACUAACAUUAUUGCAGCAAGAUCAACCAUGAAUGGUACUAGUGGCGUACUUUAUGGAUCUGAAAACUUCCCUUCGACAGAACAAAGGGCUAGAAAUAUCAGAGACCCUUUUAACGAUCGCACAUCUGCUGAAAUAAGGAAAUUUAAAGAGCAACAGAUGGAAGCCGAGAGAGAUAUAUUAUCAUUUAGAGAAGAGAGAAAGCGACAAAUUUUGGAAAAAGAAAACGAAAAGAAAAAGGACUUGGAAAUGUUGAAAUCGUAUGAUCCGUGGGGAAGACCUGGACAUGGCGCUCCGAAAGAAUCACCAAGAAAACAAAAAUUUACCGAAGAACAAUUAGGGCAACAUUCUUGUGGUGAACAAAGACCAGCAGACGAAGUCGGUGUUAACGACGAUUUCUUUAGCAACUUUGGUAAACCUGGUGCUGGAGCUCCUAUUUUAAAUUCGAGAGGUGAAAGAAUGACAGAACUCCCAGCCGAUCCUUCUAUUCGCUUCCAAGACUCGAAGGAGGGUAAGAGAAUAAACGAAAUUGAGGUUAGAUAUCGGGAACCAGUUGAAAGAAAGAUGAAUAUGAGAAAAGAACUCGAUCAGCAACUGUCAGAAAAGAUAAUGACUGACUACGAGAGAAAGCACCAAGAGCGCCAAAAAGAUAUGGAACAUACUAAUCAUAACCCUUUUGGACGACCAGGUGCUGGAGCACCAAAUAUUUCUCCCAGAGGUAACCCUGUUCUCGGCAGGACAAAAGUACUCUCAAGGGAAAAUCAGAGUUCAUUAGGAGAUUCUUUAACUCCUGGAAAAUUAAUUUUAGAUGAUGAUAUUUCACGAUAUGAUCCAUGGGGUAAGGGAGCGGGAAAUCCUGUUUACGAUGAGCACGGCGACGCUAAGAGAACUCAUAGGAGCGAUAAAGAUUUGGGAAUGUUUACUAGCACUAAUGGCAAUAAUUACUCUGAAACCAAGACUUUAGAAUUAACAAAGAGAGGCGGUGGUGGAGAACCUUUAAGAACUAACAGCGGUAAAAUUACUGCAAGAAUUCCACAAACUAUGCACAAGUCCGAAUUCGGAGACCCUUCUAUUAAAGAGCAAAACCCUUUGUGGGAGAGCAAUUCUCCGUCAAGAUCUUCCCGUUUUGAUAAGUUUGAUGAACCAGAACCAAUCUAUAAUCCAUGGGGAAAAGGUGGAGCUGGUGCACCAAUUAGAGAUGAAAAGGGCAACGUCGUCACUCACGUAUAUGGAAAAAUUAAGAAGGAAAAACCCUCUGGACAUCCAGCAGAGUUACCUUCCCUAACGGGGACAUCAGCUGAUAUGAGAUCGAAGCAGCAAGCACAAUCCCAGUAUUUAGAUGAUUUGCGUAGAGAAAUAGAUGAACAAAAGAAGUUUAAACAAAGACAGUUUUCGGCUGUCGGCGAAGAAAAUGGAGAUUUAGCAUCAGUUAUACGAAGAGGUCAAGUUGGUAAUCCAAGAAGAGAUCCGAAUACAGGAGUUUUGCUGGAGCAGCAUCUUGGAGCAUCGGAUGUCACCAAGGAAAAAACUAACGAGAGAAGAUAUAUGAAUGAUUCAAGUCCUAAGUAUCAUAUUGAGUUAGAAUACUUGGCUGAAGAGAGAAAAAAAAAUCGCGAAAGAGAAAAACUAACCGAAAGACAGGAAACCCAAGAGCAUCAGAGAGCAUUUAAUGAAAUUUGGGGACGACCAGGCGGUGGAGCACCAAACACUUCCCAAAAAUUGUCAAAUCUAGAUAAUUCUCUUCACCAUCCAAGAAGAGAGCACGAGAACUAUCAAAAAAGAAUGGAUCUUUUGGGAUCUAAAGAUCUGUCUUCUUUGAACUAUGUCCGUAGCACAGUUCCUAGCACGCAUACAAAUCAAUACGAUUUUCCUUCUGAACAAAGAAGGCGACCAAAGAUGGAUUACAAGCUCAUCUCUCCUUACGCUACAAAUUAG